UCAGUAUGCAUCGCUGAGGCUAUUGGGCAAGGGAGGUGUCAGUCCUGACGUGCGGCAUAGUGAGGGAAGAGGGGCAGGUCUUGGCUUGCUGUUCAGACGGAUCCCGAGGAGAUGCUGUUGUUACCGUUGGGCGCUCUCCGGUGUAGUCGAGGGCUGGUGGGGUCUCAGGGUUCAGCGGCUGGUGGGCAUGGAAAGGAAUGCUUAUAUCUGUUCAGGCACCCCCAAGAUAGUGGUAGUACAGUGCCCUCACUUCUGCUCAGAUCCCAUCAUAAGUGUUUAGUUGGUAUAUGGAGGCUCCCUGUGAUCCCGAUAGAUGAUGGACAGCGACACUUUCAUGCAGAUGCGCAGGACAAUGGUUCCCAAAAUGCUGCUUCCCUGAUGGACAAAGAGCCUAACUCCAAGGAAGAGGCAGUUUCUUCAAAGGACAAAGAGCCUCUCUUUGCCGUACCUCCAAUGCUUCUCCCUCCCACAAAUUGUUGCAUGAGCGGAUGCCACAACUGUGUGUGGAUUGCAUACACCGAAGAGCUUCUGAAAUAUUACCAGGAUGGAGGUGAUCAGGCCUUAGCAGCUGUGGAGAAACACAUACAGGACGAGAAUAUAAAAAUGUUCUUAAAGAUGGAAAUCAAAUUCCGCAUGAAGAAAGACUGAAACUCUUAAACCGGUGCAGCUGCAUACCUCACACAUUGUCUCAGGUCCUAAUGUAGGGGGGGAAAUCCUGAUGGCUUAUGGUCCCUUCUGGAAGUGCUAGUCUCAUCUUUUACAGGAGUCCUAAAGUUCUCAAACCUGUUUGAGUGGUAUACUGAUAUGAGUCCUAAUAUUCUGGUUGCACCUAACGUACUGUGCUUAAAAAUGUUGUGGCUCUUAUUCUAUAUUAUAUGAUCAUAUUGUUAACUAUAUUUUAUUAUUUAACGAUUAAAUAAUCUUCUGGUUUAA